AUGAAUCUUGAUCCUGAUUCUAGUGCUAUAGAGCUGCAUCCCUCCUGCGGGACACCUGGAAAUCCCCCCAGUGAUGAACCAGUAAGGAAUUCAGACCAGCACAUCCAGGAUCCGGUGCUGGUUUGGGCUCCCAGUGGGAGGCGACUGAUCUCUGGCCUCCUGGGGAUGAAUGUGGUGCUGCUGGGAGCGGCCCUGGUGGCCGGUGAGGCUUUCAACCCCAGCGGCCUGAAGCACCAGGAGCCCCAGGUGUUCAUGCUGCUGCUGAUGGGGGUCAGUUUGGUUUGGAUGUUGUGGUACCUGCUGUGGGCCAGGAAACAGCCCGGCAUCAGCCCACAUGAAGACCACCACGCUGGGGGAAUGACUGUCAUGGUGGUCCUCCUGCUUUUUGCUGUAUGCAGUCUGCUGCUGCACUUCUUCAGGACUGGUUAUUUGAUCAAUAUGAUUGACUGUAAACCUGCUAUUACAGUGCUCUCUACCUUCGUCGAGUCUCCCUUUCUCGCACUGCAGACAUAUUUACUGUGGGCUCAUUCCAAAGACUGUGUUCACAGACACAAGAUAAUCACCAGGUCGGGGCUGAUGUUGAUCCUUUCUGCUGACCUGCUGCUGUGGCUGAAUGCAGUGACAGAGGACUCCAUCCAUGAGGAGAUUGAGUUAGAAAGAGAAGACAGCAACACAAGCUCGUCUGAAGCAGGCAUCUCUGAUUUAGCAGGCACUGCCAAUUCAACCUUCUGUCAGUGCAGUGCGAGUGCACAAUGCCUUGUCUUCAGGAAAGGCUUUGAGGUGCUUUAUCCCUUCAACAUCGAGUACUACCUGAUGGCAGGCUGCAUGAUCUAUGUGAUGUGGAAGAAUGUGGGCCGUAGGAUGGGUCCAGGUCACAACCAUGUUAGUCAGAAGUUCACCAUAAAUAUUGUUUACCAAGGCGGGGUCAUAUACGGCCUUGUGUUAGGUGGCCUGGUCCUCAUAGCAGGAGCGACUGUCUUCAUUCUCUAUCAGGUCUGGGUGAGCCAGCAUCAGCUCCGCCACACUGCCUUCCUCAUUUUUUAUGGCUACCAUUUAGUGGUCAUGCCUGUCAUGUCUCUGUGCUCCCUGGCUGGCCUGCUGGUCCACAGGCUGGAAAGGAGGGCACAUGAGGGGGGGCACAACCCCACUCGUAGCCUGGAUGUGCUCCUCCUGGUGGCCGCAGCUAUAGGCCAGCUCGCCCUCUCCUACUUCUCCCUGGUGGCAGCCCUAGCUGUGGGGACCCAAGGGCCUCUGGGGAAUCUAGACCUGUCCUACUCCCUCCUCAGCCUCAUGGAGCUCAUUCUGCAGAACAUCUUCAUCAUCGAGGGCCUCCACAGGCACCCGAAUCUAUUCGCCAAGAAGAAGGAGCGGGGCAGCAUAUUCAAGCCAAAGAAAAAGGUUGUUGUGCCAAUAGAGGAGAAGGGGAAGAUUGAUAUUUCACUGCUGGAUGCAUCAGCACCCCCUGUUGUUCAAGCGCAUGAUGAGAAAAAGUCCUGGACCAAAAGAGUGAUACAAGAAAUCUGUGCUUUCCUCAUCCUGUCUAAUAUCAUGCUGUGGGUCAUCCCUGCAUUUGGAGUCCACCCUCAGUUUGAGAACGGUCUGGGGAAACAGUUUUUUGGCUUCACCGCUUGGUUUGUUAUGGUGAAUCUGGGUCAACCGCUCAGUGUCUUCUACAGGAUGCAUUCAGUGGGAGCUUUAAUGGAGCUGUUCAUCACUGCAUGACGAGCUAUAAAUGAUUAUAUAGCCAAAAGGUUUAG